AUGGCACAACCCCAGUAUGGCAAGCGCUUGAUUCCUCAAAUUAUCGACGAGACCGCAAGGUCAGAACCCAAUAAGGAGUUCUUCUCCGUCCCACGCUCCUCCGACCCCAAGGAUGGCUGGAAGCCCAUCACAUACAAGCAAAUCGCCAACGCCGUGAACCGGAUAGCCCAUAGGAUCAUCGACAAGCGCGGCAAGCCUGAACCCGGAAGCUUCCCCACGCUCACCUACAUCGGACCCAACGAUGCACGAUAUAUGAUCAUCACCGUUGCCUGUAUUAAGGCAGGAUACAAGGCCCUCUUGAUCUCCCCAAGAAACUCCUUUGAGGGACAGAUGAACCUUUUUGAGAAGACGGAUUGCAACAUCAUCUGCUUCGACUCAUCAUACAAGGAUGUCAUCCAGCCUCUUUUGGAAGAGCGCCAGAUGGACGCCAUCAUGGUCAGCUCCGCGGACGCCUGGCUGGCCGAUGAGGAGGUCCCCCAUUUCCCCUACGACAAGACGUUCGACGAGGCACAGUACGACCCCGUCGUCGUCUUGCACACGAGCGGCAGCACGGGCCUGCCGAAGCCCAUUGUCGCCCGCGUCGGCAUGCUCGCCGUCGCCGACGCUUUCCACAACCUUGACGACUUCAUGGGCUCCGAGAACUGCAUGAAAUCCAUCAUGCAAGGCAGCCGAAUCUUCCUGCCGAUGCCCCUUUUCCACGCCGCCGGCUGCUACAUGUCGAUUUUCGCUACUAUUUUCUUUGGCCGCCCCGUCGCUCUUGGCUUUUUGGAUCGGCCUCUGACGCCUCAGACGGUGAUUGACGCUGCUCAGUAUGCCAACGUCGACAACGUCAUUCUCCCCCUGCGAUUUUGGAGGAGAUGA